UGGUUCGUAGGAUGGACGGCAAACAUGUUAUUUUUCGCAGUGGUUGCGAGGCCGUCGACAGAUAUAAAUAUCGGUGGUCCAUUCCCACUGUCCUUGAAGACUGAAGGUCAGAUAAAAGCAUUUAUGAUAUCCAUCGGAAAUGCUCAGGACGCCGCCAUUCACAGUGACGGUGGACCGUUGUUCAACUUCUCCAAGCCAGACCCCCAAGAAAAUUGCUGUUCCGACGUCAGAAUCACCUCGCCUCCCGAACCCUCGAAAUUUGUUCUGGAAAAUAAACUAAUCCCGGAUUCUCAGCGACACCCAGAAAUCCCAAAGCAGUCGACCUCGGUAACACACUCUGACGUGGGGUCGACGCCGAGCAAGACAUCAGCGGCAGACGUUAUGUCAAAGAAGUUCCAGGACAGUUUUCCGGAACCAAAGAGCUCCAUACAAAUACAAUCAAAGGAGACUACAGAAACUACACUUCGCCCGCAAUUCGUACCCACCAGUACUUCUGGAAAAGCAUCAGAUGACAUCCUGCAAAAAACAUCUGACAACGAGGCUAUCGGUAGGGUCUCUCAAGAAGUAAUACGCAAGACUUUGCAAGCUGCCUCGGCUGAUGCUUCCCAAACACAAGUGCAUGAGACCUCAGAGACAACGUCACAGAACCCCUUGCAGUUGGAUUCAUACAGGGACUUACAGCCGACUUCCAGUAGCGUUUACCAAUCGACUUCACAAAAUGCCACUGAAGGAGCAUCAGACGAGCAUAUGCAUUCUUGGUCGCAUUACGUUUCUCAAGAACCAUUGAUGUCAGAGAGUGCCUUGCGUGUAGCGCAUGCACCUUCAUACAAUGUGACACAGGUGACAGUAGAUGAUACAUCACAAACGGCAUCGGAAGGCUCUUCAGAUGUUACAUCAGGGACUUCGCAACCAUCAUUAGAUGUUACUUCAAAUGUCGCAUUAGGCAUUUCACAGGUAGUAGCAGAUGUUUUCCAAGUGGCUACAGGUAAUAUCUCACAGGAUACUACAGGCAAUGUCUCUCAGGCUACGACGGCAGGCCUUUACCCCGUAGAGUCGUAUUUCCCUAUGGUAGAACCCAAGAACUGCCUGGAUGCGUUGGCCGUGGGCUAUAACGUGAGCGGGGUGUACACCAUCCGCCCCUACGAUUGCUGCCCCGAGCGUCGAGUGAAGGUCUUCUGUGACAUGGCUACUGAGGGCGGAGGCUGGACUGUCAUCCAGCGCAGGGACCAGUACCAGACGCAGGAGAACUUUUACCGGACCUGGGAGGAAUACGUCAGCGGCUUUGGAAACUUGACCCAAGAGUUCUGGCUCGGCCUCGAGCACAUCCACGCCCUGAGCAACCAGUCAGUGUAUGAAGCGCGGUUCGACUUGGGCGACUUUGAGGGACAAACGCGCUUCGCCAAAUACGACAUCUUCACUGUCGGCAGCGCUGACCGCUUCUAUCAGCUGGAUCUGGGGAGCUACUCGGGCAACGCGGAAGACUCCAUGGCUUACCAUAGGAGGAAGAAAUUCACGACCAAAGACAAGGACAAUGACGAAUCCAUCGGAAACUGUGCUGUUAUGUUCGUAGGCGGGUGGUGGUACGGCGACUGCCACCACGCCAACCUGAACGGCGAGUACCUGCUGGGGCCUUCAGGCUGGAGGGGCAUCAUCUGGCUCAACUGGCGCGGGUUCUCUUACUCGCUCAAGUGGACGGAGAUCAAGAUACGGCCCACGAUGUUCAUGUAGCAGUUUCAUGUGGUUGUUGGUGAUGGUUCGUGUGGUUGUUGGUGUGUAAGUGAAAGCUAUGAAUUCCGAUACAGAAAAUGAAUGCAGUGUUAUAUAAUAAAAA